AUGGUCGACCCGGUAUCUAUUGUUACCUUAGUGGAGUUGUGCUUGAAAAUAGGGAAGAAGCUAUGGGACCUUUGUUCCUCAUUCAGGAAUGCCAGGGGCGAUAUCGCCAAGCAGAUUCUUCGAGUGAAGAACUACUGGAUGCGUGCGAAUUUGCAACUUGAAACGGUCAAAAAAAUGGCCUAUGAGUUACAAGAGGACCAUCGAAAGAUCAUCUACGAGACUAUCGAUAUGCUGAAUAGCAAGCUGACAACUGCGGAGAUGAAUAUCGAGUCUACUAUGAAGAAGAAAGAGUGUGAUGGCGACGAGGCAGAAGUGAGUCACUUCAGAUAUAUGCUGGCUCGCCAAAGUAUCGACAAGUCAGUCGAUGAGCUUGAGCGAUGGCAGAAGAUGUUUGAUCCGUCUUGGUACUUGGCCAUCAGUCGGGCAGGGUCUCGAGUGGAAACAGAGUUAUUAGAAUGGAAGAUAUCCCCGAUUCAAGAUUGUCAAGUCGCCAUCUCCUCGGCUGAAUCAUUGAGAUCGGCGUUGAGGAUUGCGUCAAAUGCAGAGGUGACCAAGGAGAAAGUUCUUCUUCCAGAAGCAUUUCUCGAGAGUCUUGGUGCACAGGAUAUACCUCUUUCUUCGGCUCAGCUCGGCACGCGAGAUGAUAAAGGCCAGCUGCUUAUUCUGGAGAAAGUUCAGCCGUUGUCUGGACUCAAUGCGACCGAUCUAGACAAGAAUUGUCGGGAUUUGGCCCGGAGACUUAUCCGGUCCAAUGCUCUUGAAUUCGGGUUGCUGAGUUGCAAGGGAUAUAUGAAACACCGACAUCAGCAUUCAACUCGUGCCGAUGGUGAUGCGUUCACACUUUUAUUCCGGGUCCCUAGUGGAUUCUCCGAGCCUCGCACUCUUCGGAGUCGGCUCAUGGACUUGAAGCCCACAGACUCGCUAUCGGACCGGUUCAAGUUAGCGAAUGAACUGGCCAGAGCUGUCAGCUGCGUGCAUGCAUUCGAAUUCGUUCACAAGAACAUACGGCCCGAAACUAUUUUGCUCCUGAAGAAUACUGAGACUUCAUCCGAGUCAGCCUUUCUCAUCGGAUUCGAUAGUUUCCGAAUGGCAACGGGCAAAACUUUGCGAAAAGGCGAACUCGCCUGGGAGCGAUGUUUGUAUCAACAUCCCAAUCGGAUUGGAUCGCUUGCCGCUGAAGAUUUCAUCAUGCAACACGAUAUCUACAGUCUCGGUGUGUGCUUGCUGGAAAUUGGUCUUUGGGAGCCUCUUGUUACAUACGAGGAUAAGAACAUGGCCCUUCCUAGGAACGGCACUCAUCCGCCAGCCUUCCGGGCCUCGUUCUUGGAGGAAGGACAUGAUUCUUAUUUCUUCAAAGAUCAGCUCCUGGACUUGGCACGAGGCGAGCUGCAGCGGCGGAUGGGUACACGGUACUCGGAAGUUGUUGUCACCUGUUUGACUUGCCUGGAUCCAGAGAAUGAGGAUUUUGGCGACGAGGCGGAAUUUCAAGACGAAGAUGGUAUCGAGGUUGGUGUGAGGUAUAUCGAAAAGGUCACGAUGCGCCUGAACAGUGUUUGUGUCUGA